UUUGAUUUGAUUCACACAGACAUUUACUCCAAUGAAUGUUACUAUAGAGAGAAGCACAAGAGCCUUUAUACUACGACUGGAGGGAACAAGUUAGGGAUCACCGUGUGGAGUUUUACCUUGACGAGGUUUUGUGACUUAUCAACUUUAUGAUCAGAACUUUGCAUCUCUGUUCCUUCUCUCAAACCGUCCGACAAUGUCAUCCCCUCCCCCAGCGUUUCUCCGCCCUCCUCUGUUGUUAGUGAACAAGCUCAGCUGAGCACAUCCGGUUGUUUCAGGUUCCCACAGAGACACAUGGAAAUAUCUGAGAUUAAAUCAGAAGCUGAGACUGAGGAGCAUUGGCGGGAGAGCUCAGCACUUACUGGUGUGGGUUCUCCAGAGAUGGAAACAAGGAGGUUAGAGGGGAAAUGGGAGAAUGAAGAGCCGGACACUGAGGAUCCUCUGGACACAAUAAAGAGAGAAAUGGAUUCUGAUCCUUUAGAGGGUUCUCCAGAGAUGGAAACAAGGAGGUUAGAGGGGAAAUGGGAGAAUGAAGAGCCGGACACUGAGGAUCCUCUGGACACAUAAAGAGAG